CUAGAGCGAGAGAGCUUAAAAGAGGUGAUGAGAAAAAGCAAGAGAGAGACUGUGAGGGAGGAAGAUGCUGUUGCCAGGGAACAGCGGUGAAGUAGAAACGUCCAUCUCUCCCAGCUCAUAGGAGGAUAGAAAGAUGUUAAAUCAUGGAUGCAAAAUGGACUGAACGUGAGGAGAAGGAAAACAGCUGAUCCUGACACCCUGCAGCCUCAAAGAGAAGGAGGAUACGAGUUCUCUCUCAGCCUCCAUUAGGAGCAUCAGUGAACAGCAAGAAUCAUCCAGCAGCCCAGAUCCUGAACACACUAGUGUCCCACCUGCAGAUGUAAACAGUGAUGACGCUCACUCUGCUCAGGCAGAUUUAAGGAGGAGGAGGAGGAGGAGGAAAACAAAGAGGAGCGUCUGAAAGCAAAACAGGGAAGCUGUCAACACGGCGAAGAGGAAGUCUUCCUCAUCAUCACACUAUUGAGCUGAAGCCCGUCCUCCCUGGCAGAGGAUGGGUACAGCAGAAGCCACUUUACGCAUGGACAACAUGGAGGUUAAGGACGAGUGGCAGGAUGAAGACUUCCCCAGGCCACUACCAGAGGAUGGAUAUGUUGAUUCUUCAUGUGGCCUCUCUGACAACAGAACCAAUCCUCCCACCAGUCUGAACGUGGGCGAGUCCAUGGCCCAGCGUAAGCGUCGCACUCUGGUCGCCCCUGACAUGAACCUGUCCCUGGAUCAGAGCGAGGGGUCGGUGCUGUCUGACGAGUUUCUGGAAACGCCCGACGACCUGGACAUCAACGUAGACGACAUCGAGACUCCUGAUGAGACCGACUCGCUGGAGUUCCUCAACAAUGGCAACGAGCUGGAGUGGGAAGAUGACACUCCUGUGGCCAAUGCCAAGCGUCUUCCAGGUGAAAGUGAAGAGGAGAGAGACUCCUCAGGUCGUCUGUGGCGAACAGUGAUCAUCGGUGACCAGGAGCAGCGGAUUGACAUGCAGGUCAUUCGACCGUACCUGAGGGUGGUUACACAUGGAGGUUACUAUGGCGAGGGUCUGAAUGCCAUCAUCGUGUUUGCAGCCUGCCACCUUCCUGACAGCGGCUGUGAGGACUACACGUACAUCAUGGAGAAUCUCUUCCUGUACGUUGUGAGCAGCCUGGAGCUGCUGGUGGCAGAAGAUUACAUGAUUGUUUACCUGAACGGAGCGACUCCUCGCAGGAAGAUGCCCGGCAUCAGCUGGCUGAAGAGAUGCUACCAGAUGAUUGACAGGAAACUGAGGAAGAAUCUAAAGUGUCUCCUCAUCGCUCACCCGACGUGGUUCAUCCGGACCGUCCUGGCCAUCUCGAGACCUUUCAUCAGCGUGAAGUUCAUGGAUAAGAUCCGUUACGUUCACACCCUGCAGGAGCUCGGUCAGAUCAUCCCCAUGGAGCACGUACAGAUCCCUGAGUGUGUGUUGCAGUAUGAUGACGAGAAGAUACGAACACAAAGGGAAAGACUUGAGCAAGAGCAGCAGCAGAGCAACUCAACACUGCCUAAAGAAAGGCCAAAGUCAACGAUAGCAGAGGUUGGCCAUGACAUCUGACAUUAAGAGCUUUAAAUCAAAGAACCAACGGGGGACAUUCAUUCAUUAAAACGGGAGCCAGCCUAGACUGCCAUCUAGCGCUUAAAUCUCCUGGAUGCAAGACAAUCAUUUCUCCAAAACAUCAUUUUCAGUGACAUGCUUGCUUCUAACUAAAAGUUAAUUUACAACCAAAGCAUUACAGAGUAUAGCUAAAUGAAUCUGCAUGUCAAGUUGAGCUUUAUCUGCAGCAUGACUUCAACUAUUUAAAUGAAAAUUUAAGGACUUGAAUGAACAGUCAAGCAUCUUCCUACAAAGCCGGGAAUAUCAUCCGUUUCUAAGUGUACAUACUUGUAUAGAUAUUUUUGAGAACGGCGUUUGCACAGGAUAUUUGGUUUUUAAUUUGAGUGGCAUGGUUAUUAUUUGGUUUCAUGGCCGUUUACUGAGAAAUAAUGUGCAAUGAUAUUGUUCUUCUUCGACCUACAGUAGAUGUUACUGAUGCAAACGUGUGUCAAGUUUUCCAGAGUUUGAUAUGCAGGUGGCAUGCUUGUUUAUAUCCUUCUGUCUCAUCUGUUUUUGUCAUUUGUCAAAAAGGUACUUUUACAAGAAGGAAAACAUACAUUGUUACAAAUGAAAAAUUAAAUAUAUUUAAAGAGAGAGUCAUAUUAAAGUGUUAUUUACGAAAAUGUGCCAUUUACUGUUUGUAAAAAAAUAAAUAAAUGAAUGAACUAAAACAA